UACAAUGCUUCACGUUCUGACCUCGAUACUUUACCUGAAAAUACCAUACAACAAUUUAAAGCCAUUUUAGUUCACUAUAUUCACAAACAAUUACCAAAAGGAUCUAAGCAAUUAGGAAAACAAUCAGUAUCAGUUCCUGCUACAGAAAAUUGGGGAAUCAAAUUUUAUGAGCAACGACAAUAUACUUAUAUUGUGCUUUGUGAUGAUAAAGAUACUAUUGAUGUUGAAAAUCUUAUUGUAUAG